GACGAGAGGAACAAAGAGCAAUGACAACACCACUAACAAAUUGGGAAGCUUCAAAAUCUCACGCACGCUCUUCCCACUUUGCAAUUCCCAUUGCUUCUCUACUUCUUCUCCACCAACUCUUUUUCUCUACUCUCACCCCCCAUUUUCAGAUUGGAUCCUCUCUCUCUCUUUUUCUCUUCAAACCCACUCCAUCAUUUCUUCCACUUCAACACCACCCCAUCUUCAUUUUCAUUGUAGGAAAAUGAGAAGAACUUGCUGAGAUUGAAAAAUUGGUGGUUUUUAUUUGGUUUGAAAACUUGGAGUGCUUGUGAUGGAGUUUCAUACUUUUUGUGAUUUGAAUGUUUGGAGGGUAUGUGGAAAAAUGAGAAUUUGGACUGUUUUAUUACUUUUUUUGCUACUGAAGAGUGAUGUUAAUGUUGUGUAUUGCGGUUCGGAUUACUUGGUUGGUCUUGGAAGCUAUGAUAUUACUGGUCCUGCUGCUGAUGUUAAUUUGAUGGGGUAUGCUAAAACAGAACAGCUUGCAUCUGGUAUUCACUUCAGGUUACGAUCUCGUGCUUUUAUUGUUGCAGCGUCGAAGGGUAAUAGGGUUGUGUUUGUGAACCUUGAUGCUUGUAUGGCUUCACAAAUUGUGACAAUUAAAGUAAUUGAGAGGCUGAAAGCAAGAUAUGGUGAUCUAUAUACCGAAAAUAAUGUAGUUAUUAGUGCAACUCACACUCAUUCUGGUCCUGGGGGUUAUCUUCAAUAUUUUGUGUAUAUUAUAACAUCGUAUGGAUUUGUGCGUCAGUCCUUUGAUGUAAUCGUUGAUGGCAUUGAGAAAAGCGUUGUUCAAGCUCAUGAAAAUCUCCGUCCAGGAUCAAUAUUUGUUGAUAAAGGAGAGCUCUUAGACGCAGGUGUGAAUCGCAGUCCUAGUGCUUAUCUCAAUAAUCCUGCUUCAGAGAGAAGCAAGUACAAGUAUGAUGUUGAUAAAGAAAUGACUCUUUUAAAGUUUGUCGAUGAUGAAUGGGGACCUGUUGGAAGCUUCAAUUGGUUUGCUACUCACGCGACUUCAAUGGGUCAUAAAAACUCGUUAAUCAGUGGGGAUAAUAAAGGCGCGGCUUCACGGUUUAUGGAAGAUUGGUUUGAGAGAAAAGAUUCUGGAAGAAUGGAUUCUGAUAUACUCGGAAACGAUGGCUCGCCCCAAAGAAUCUCAAAUAUAAUUCCCGGACUUCGUGAUAAUCAAGUUGGAAAACAGGAAGAAUUUGAUGCUUGCCAUAUCCAUAUUUUGAUCAGCAUUUGUCUGUGUCCUAAAUCACACCUCAAAUCAUAUCAUGAAUUACUGGAACUUGCUGUCUCUUUCCAGUCUCCUCCUGGUCGACCAACAACCAAAACUUCAAGUGUUACCAAACGGGUGAGAGGUGCUCCUAGGAAUGUUGACAAGCCUAGAUUUGUAGCUGCAUUUUGUCAACCAAAUUCUGGAGAUGUCAGUCCAAAUGUUCUUGGAGCUUUUUGUUUAGACACUGGAUUACCUUGUCACUUCAAUCACAGUACAUGUGGAGGGAGGAAUGAAUUAUGCUAUAGCCAAGGACCUGGUUAUCCAGAUGAAUUUGAAAGUACUCGCAUUAUAGGGGAAAGACAAUUUAAAAAAGCAGUGGAUCUUUUCAAUGCAGCAGAUGAAGAGAUUAAAGGGGAGGUUGAUUUUCGACAUACCUAUAUAGAUUUAUCCAAACUUGAGGUAACUAUUUCUGAUCAAGGAGCCGACAAGGUUGUAAAGACAUGCCCUGCUGCAAUGGGUUUUGCAUCUGCUGCCGGAACAACAGAUGGACCUGGAUCUUUUGAUUUUAAGCAAGGGGAUAAUAAGGGAAAUCCUUUCUGGAAGCUAGUCCGCAACCUAGUUAAGACAAUAACCAGGAAACAAAUAGAUUGUCAGCACCCAAAGCCAAUUUUGCUUGAUACUGGUGAAAUGAAUGUACCAUAUGAGUGGGCACCUUCAAUACUUCCAAUUCAGAUCCUUCGAGUUGGGCAGUUUGUUAUACUUUGUAUUCCAGGAGAAAUCUCAACAAUGGCUGGAAGGCGACUACGUGAUGCAGUGAAGACGAUACUAAGCAGUCACAAAGAUUUUGAAAACGUUCAUAUUGUUAUAACAUCAUUGAGCAAUGCUUAUUCACAGUACGCGACUACAUAUGAAGAAUACUAUGUGCAAAGAUAUGAGGGUGGUUCUACACUAUACGGCCCACACACACUGAGUGCAUACAUUCAAGAGUUUAAGAAGCUUGCAAAAGCUCUCAUCAGCGGCCAACCGGUAAAACCUGGCCCACUACCCCCUAAUCUCCUCAAUAAGCAAGUAAGCUUGCUACCACCAGUUGUGGUGGAUGGAACUCCUUUUGGAGUAAAUUUUGGCGAUGUUUACUCUGACGUACCUCAGAACUCCGCCUUUAAGAGUGGUGACAUUGUGUCAGCUUCGUUCUGGUCUGCGUGCCCUCGAAAUGACCUUAUGACUGAAGGCACCUUUGCACUGGUGGAAUUUCUCCAAGGAAAAGAUACUUGGGUUCCUGCUUAUGAUGAUGAUGAUUUCUGUCUGCGGUUUAAGUGGUCAAGGCGUUUUAAACUCAGUCCUAUGAGUAAAGCAACCAUAGAAUGGAGGAUACCACAGGGUGUUACUCAUGGUGUGUACAGAAUAAGUCACUUUGGCGCUGCAAAGGGCUUAUUUGGAUCGAUUAAUCACUUUACAGGUUCAUCUAGUGCAUUUGUUGUAGUAGCAUAAAUACAUUUUGUUCAUAGGCCACAGCCAUAUUCCAUUACUAUAUCAAUGAAUUGUUGUGCUUAGAAUAUACAGGGAAUACGGAAUAUUGUGAUAUAUGAUUGUGUCUUACAAUUUAAGAGAUUGUAGUCAAUUAUAGGAAUUGUCUA